GACUGGUAAGUUCGUUCCCAAUAUUCCCCAUCAUACUCAUACUGGCGCUCAAUCCCCUUAUCUAUCACUCACUGCCCGUUAUGCAAGUGGCAAACACCUCGGAAUAAGGUUAAUGCAAACACAAUUCAUUCGUCCGACAACACCUGGCGCAUGCUACCAAGGUAGGGACCCUGGAUGGGACCCUGGAUUGCUUGGUUCUCCCGAAGUCGGCAAUUGGAUAUAGCUUCAUGUGCGUCUAUACCAUGCAUAUGAAAUUUUAUGCAAUACAUGUGCGGGGUGCGAAGAACACUUGGAAAUUUCCUUAAUUACAAGGCGACAUUAGAAAUGAAAGUGGACUUAUUUCUCUCAAAUCCUCGUGCAAAUUGUAUCAUAUAUAUAUAUAGACUUGCUCUCUGUCAUUUUUCUGCCUGUCUUUUCUUUGAUCCUAAGUCUUGAUCCCGUUCCUUCAAAUUCUCAACAUGGCGCCAGAUAUUUCUCAGCUGUCCAUGCAAAGCGACGCUCCAUCAAAUGCUUCUGCCAAUGGUUAUCAAAUACCUGAUAUCACCUUUCGUGAUCCUCAGAAUCGACGCCUCAAGGUUCUCACAAUUGGCGCAGGAAUUUCAGGAAUCAUGAUGGCAUAUCAUAUCCAGAAGCAUUGCCAGAAUGUUGAACAUGUCAUUUACGAAAAGAAUCCUGACAUCGGGGGAACUUGGUACGAAAAUAGGUACCCAGGCGCUGCUUGCGAUGUUCCUUCACACGCAUAUGCAUUUCCUUUUGCUCUCAACCCUGAUUGGCCAAAGUACGCUAGUGGUUCAAAAGAUAUCUGGAAUUAUUUGGACAAGGUCUGCGAAGUUUUCGAUCUUAAGAAAUAUAUGACCUUCAAUACUGAGAUAGUCGGAUGUUUUUGGGACGAGGAGACGGGAAAAUGGACUGUCAAGAUGAAGCAGACAUCAGAAUAUGGCGAGAAGCAAUUCGAGGAGACGUGUGACCUGUUACUACAUGCUACAGGCAUAUUGAAUAAUCCUAAAUGGCCGGAUAUCAAGGGUAUUGAGAAGUUCAAAGGAAAAGUUACUCAUACGGCAAGAUGGCCAGAUGACUAUCAGGAAGAACAAUGGAAAGAUGAAUCCGUGGCAAUCAUUGGCUCCGGAGCUUCUUCGAUUCAGACAUUGCCUACGAUGCAACCUCAUGUUAAGCACAUCGAUGUUUACGUACGUACUCCUGUCUGGUUCAUCUCCAUCGCUGGAAAUGAUGGAAGAAGUAAAGAAUAUACUCCGGCGGAUCGUGAAAAGUUCAGGAACGACUUGCCUGCGCUUUUGGAAUAUACAAAGUCCUUAGAGAAUAGGAUAAAUGGUUUUUGGGAUUUAUUCCUCGAGGACAGCUCGGCUCAGAAAGAUGCUCGAAGAUUGUUUAGGGCACGAAUGGGUGAAAUUAUCAAAGACAAAAGGCUGCUUGAAGGCUUGACUCCUAAUUUCUCUCUUGGUUGUCGCAGGAUUACUCCUGGCGACCCUUAUAUGAUUGCAAUUCAAGAGCCGAAUGUAGAUGUUCACUUUUCUGCAGUCGAGGAAAUUACGGAGGACUCUGUUAUUGAUAGUGAAGGUCAGAAAUGUAAAGUGGACACAAUAAUCUGUGCCACAGGCUUUGACGUCUCCUAUCGCCCUCGCUUCCCAAUAAUAGGCCAAAAUGGAGUUGAUCUUCGAGAAAAAUGGAAGACAAUUCCAGAGUCAUAUCUUGGUCUGGCGGUACCGGACAUGCCCAAUUUCAUUACUUUUAUUGGACCAACAUGGCCCAUUACAAAUGGAUCUGUCUUGGGGCCUCUUGGCGAGGUAGCUAACUAUGCUAUCAAAUUCAUCAAAAAGAUGCAGAGAGAAUUUAUCAAGUCUAUCGCUCCAAAGCAAGAUAUGACGGAUCUCUUCAAUGCACAUACGCAAGAGUUCAUGAAGAAAUCUGUUUGGAGCUCAGGCUCAGGUUGUCGUUCUUGGUAUAAAAAUAAUGAGACAGGACGCGUGAAUGCGGUAUGGCCUGGCAGCUCCCUGCAUUAUAUAGAGGUCAUCGAAGACCCAAGAUACGAAGAUUACAACAUAACGUACCAAAAUAAACAUAACCCAUGGGCAUACCUUGGACUUGGUUUUACAAUUUCCAAUCGUACAAAUGAUUCUGAUGCAUCACCAUAUCUCAAUGAAGAGAUCAUCGAUCCGAAGUGGUUGGAAUUUAUGAAAUCUGGAGCUCUUGCAACAGAUCGCGAUAUACAAUAGUCAGCAAUCACCGGAAAAUGAUAUAACGUUCCAUUUCACCAUUUCACUUCAUUUAUACAUAGAUAUACUUAGCGACACCGCUUCAAUAUUUUAACGACAGCUGAAUAACUACCAAAGUUAAAGAUUGCCGUUUAAGCUGUGGUCAAAUGGUAAGAGGAGGAGGCAUCUGAGGUAGGUGAUGGUAAUUGAAUAAGUUUUCCAACUCGCUUAUUUUGAAAAAUCAUCAAUCUUUUGAUCGACCAUAUGUAUUGAAUGGUAAUAAUCGAAAAGUAAUAAACCAUUUUUGUGUGAUUUCUGGCA